AUGCUGGGCAGGGCGAACAAGACGUACGCGGCUCAAAACCCCGCCGCAUCAUCUGCAACUCGGCUGGUGCAGAAGACAAAGGUCGAGCAGGUUUUGCGUCCGUCCAGUAGCCCCCGCCAUGAAAGCAUCACCAGCUUCUGCAAGGAUACGACGCCCGUGACCACGACGGGUGUCUCAACUUUCCGACGACUUCCUGCGUCUAAUACGGCGAUAUCUCGCCCUCAAUUCUCUACCAGUGCUCUCAAUGCACGUUCCCCGAAUAUCUCCACUGGCGACAACAUGGCUUCUGCGAAACGUAGCAGCAGCGUCGUGACUCUCUGCAAUACGCCCGACUCUUUCCUGGACAACUCACUUGCUUCCGACCAGCCACAAGCAAGCAAUGCCAAGGUACAACAAGUAGAGGAGAGUGACUUACUCGCCUACGGUAUCGACCCAGAUGAUUUUACCGAUGAUGAAAAUCUUGGCCUGGACUUCAAGUCUCCAAGUGCUCUCCCCGCCCCUCAGGUCCUGAAAAGCGAGGAGAAGCAGGCAGAGAGCUUAUCUGGAAGUCAGCAGGCCAUUGUGCAUUCCAGCCUUAGCUGGCUGCCCUCGUCUCCGUCUCACCAUCUUCCGCCUCUCUCACGGUCGGCCAGCGCGACUGCGCUUUUAGCCAAACGCAGUGCGUCGAACGACUCUACUCGUCCCUUCCCACUGCCAGCCGCCAAGAAACGCACCAUGCCCAAGCACUGGUCCAAGGCUGAGAACGAACGCACUGCAGUCAGUGAAGCUGGAAUAUCUCAAUUGCCUACAACACCGGCUGUGAAGCAAACAGACGCGUUCUUAUGGGAUGCUACUACAAGUGCCGUGAAAGCUCAAAAGAAGCAGUUGAAGGACAAUACAAAAAAACAAGCGAUAGGAGAAGCUGCACCGGGUGCUCGUGAAGACAGCUCUCUUGGCCCGCCUGGUGGGACAGCUAAACCGCAUCGCAAGCCCACCACACCGGCGGCAAUCAGCCUUAGCACCGAGCAACAGCAUGUCAAAAAUUUGGUGUGCCACAAGAAUGCGAGUGUUUUUUUCACCGGCCCAGCAGGGACAGGAAAGUCGGUUCUUAUGAGAGCAAUUAUUCGUGACUUGCGGAAAAGGUUCGCGAAAGAACCAGAACGGUUAGGAGUCACCGCUUCAACAGGCCUAGCUGCGUGCAAUAUCGGAGGCAUGACCCUACACAGUUUUGCAGGAAUCGGACUGGGCAAGGAAGAUGUUCAGACUCUCGUGAGAAAGAUUCGCCGCAAUCCAAAAGCCAAAGCACGCUGGCUCAAAACUAAAAUUCUCGUCAUCGACGAGAUCUCUAUGGUGGAUGGCGACUUGUUCGACAAGCUAUCGAGUAUCGGACGUACUAUUCGAAAUAACGGCCGGCCAUGGGGCGGCAUUCAGCUUGUUCUCACGGGUGAUUUUUUCCAGUUGCCGCCUGUUCCAGACCGCGAAAAGAGGGAUGUGAAGUUUGCCUUUGAGGCAUCAACGUGGAACACCUCGAUUGAUCACACAAUUGGCCUCAGUGAAGUUUUCCGGCAAAAGGACCCAGGUGCGUUAUCAAAACAACGCACGAUUUUCAAGUCGCUGUCCAGGCCUGUUCAGAUCGACGAUGAGCUUGAGGUCACAGAAUUGUUCCCUACGAGAGCCGAGGUAGACAGCUCCAAUGAGAGACGUCUUCAUGCCCUGAAGGGAAAGCCACGCCGAUAUGACGCACUCGACUCUGGCGAGCAGGACAAGCGAGAAAAGCUGUUACAGAAUAUGAUGGCGCCCAAGUCUUUGGUACUCCGGGAGGGUGCACAGGUAAUGCUCAUCAAGAAUAUGGACGAGACACUGGUCAACGGAUCCGUUGGGACGGUCGUCAAGUUCAUGACAGAAAGCGAGUUCGAGCAAGUCGGUGACAACUUCGAGUGGACGACGGACCCUGUCAUUAAAAAAAGAGCCAGUAUGCUCAAUCAGUAUCUGAAUGACGGGGACAAUGGAUCUGGCUCGCCGGUGUUUCCUUAUGUUCGGUUCCACGCCGUGGACGGGACACAACGCGGUAUUCUCGUUCGUCAAGAGGAGUGGAAAGUAGAGCUACCAACGGGAGAGGUCCAGGCGUCACGCCAUCAGCUACCGCUCAUCUUGGCGUGGGCUCUUUCUAUCCAUAAAGCCCAGGGUCAGACAUUAGAACGCGUCAAGGUGGAUCUAGGCCGUGUUUUUGAAAGGGGCCAGGCGUACGUGGCUCUAAGUCGUGCCACGUCAAAGGACGGACUACAAGUGUUGAGGUUUGAGAAGCACAAGGUCAUGGCCCACCCUCGGGUAGUUUCUUUUUACAGCAAGCUGUACAGCGCAGAAAGCGCUUUGAAGAGCAUUGGUGGCAGCUCAUCCAUUCUUGCGUUCACCCGCAGCACUGUGCUCGAGCCGGAAUCUACGACCAACUCGUUUGCACGUCGAUGGUUGAAGCCGCAGUAA